CCUGUUGGGAGCCUGAUUCUCUGCCCGGACGACGCCUCUCCUCACUACUCAGACCCCAUUCUGCGACAGGAUUUGCACAGCUCACCGAGGCUGGGGACCUUAAAAGAAGAGAGAAGAAGAUCACACAGAUGGGUCACAAGCUUCGUCUGGGCUCAGCUCAGGUGAACGAGACACAAUCAUGUGACCCUGAGAAGAGGUGGAUGUGGUAGUGGCCAGUGCUUUUGAAAAUUUGGAGGAGCCAAAGGAGGUGGAGGAGGCCAGAGAACCCAGAGCACAUCUGUCCUUGUGGGCUUGGUCACCCUGAGGCUGGCACUGCUAUGGAGCAUAUGGGGACAAAGGAUUUCUUUUGAGAUACAAGGAGCCCAGUGGUUGACUCACCCAGACUGUCCCUGAGUACCUGCCCUGUUCCAGGUCCUACAGGAUCCAAGGUCUCUGCCUGGCAGGGGUGAAGACAGAGGGACCUGGAGCAGGAUAACUGCUUUCCUUUAUACAGAGCCCAGAGCUUGGGGAACAGAGCUCACCCUGGGUGACAUCUGUUUUGACCUGUAGUGCUGUCCUGGAGGAAGGCCUAGGAGACCCCGAAGCUAGCUCCUCGCUUACUACCUUUGCCGCAUUUGGCUGCCCUUCCAUUUCACGACCUCUUUGCUCCUGCCCUCCAGCCUGGACACCCUGGUGAGCUGGGAGGAAAACUCUCAGAGACUCUGCUGCUGACAUCAUGGCUACUGCUGCUAACAAGGCCUGUGCUCCCUCCCCAGACACUGACAGCUUCGUAGAGGUCGUCCUUGAGCAUAUCCUGCACACACUGAGCAGUGAGGAUCUGCAGCAACUGCUGACUGACGAUGUCGCCUGGGAGAUACUGGUGGAGACGACCGAUUUGACCAGGGAGGAGGUAGAUGCUGUGCGUGAGGCUCUGACUGAGCCUGAAGCAGACAGUGAUGAAGACCUUCAGGUGAGGGAGAGGUUCUUGAAUGCAUUUCCUCAUGUGAAAAAGGAGCUGGAGGAGGGCAUAGCCAAGCUCUAUGCCCUUGCAGAGAAGGUUGACAAGGUGCACAAGGACUGCACCAUCACCAACGUGGUGGCCGGCUCCAGCGGUGCUGUCUCUGGCAUCCUCACCAUCCUUGGCCUGGCUCUGGCACCUGUGACAGCAGGUGGCAGUCUGGUGCUGUCAGCUACUGGAAUAGGGCUGGGAGCAGCUGCUGCUGUGACUGGUGUUUCUGCGAGCAUCGUAGACCACUCAAACAAGUUGUCAGCACAAGCUGAAGCCAGACGCCUGCUGUCAACCAGCAUGAACACACAGAAGGAGGUUCUACAGAUUGUGGAUGAGGUCACACCUGAAGUUGUUUCUGCAACCAGAAAGUGUAUGGAAGCCUUUGAAGGCAUUGAGAAAAAUAUCUGUGCCGUUAAUGUGGUCAAAUCCAAACCUCGGUUACUAGCCAAUGCCAACCGCCUCAUGAGAACUGGGGAAAUCUCAGUCCGAAGUCGUAAGCAGGUGCAGAGAACCCUUGGAGGAACUGUUCUGGCAAUGUCCAAAGAAGAACGGAUCACGAGUGCAGCAAAUGCUGGUGUUGCCCUUCUGAAGGAUAUGUACAACCUUGUGCAAGCCUUGGCACAUUUGCAGGCGGGGGCAAAGACAGAAUCAGCUGCAGAGAUCAGGCAGCAGGCUCAGGUUCUGGAGAGGAAGCUGGAGGAGCUCAUCCAGAUCCAUGAGAGUUUGCAGGUGGACUUGACUAAGUGACAGAGUCCCCAAGCAGUGCAGAGCUCAGGGCACAGGUGCAUUUGAAACACAGAGACAAAGGCACUAAAUGCUAUAGAGGGGAAAAGAGGGUGAGAUCAAGUCUAUGCAACUGGGUGUUAAAGAACAGUGCAUUUCUGUGGCUGAGCCCAAGCAGGGAGGGGUUAAGGUAGAUGAAGUGGAUUAAAGAGAAGGCAAGGUCCUGGGGCUUGGCAUAAGGGAGAAGCAGUGACUAAAGAGUAUAGGAAUUAGGAAAAAAGAGUUUCUUUUGUCAUAAGAACUCUCUGGGGACCUGGAUAAAAGCAGUUACAGGAAGAAGCAGUGGGACAGAAGAGCAGAAGAUGGAAAUAGCCACAGUGUGUGUCUCCUGCCAGGUGAACUGGGCUCCCUGCAGGUUUGAACUCAGUUCCUUGACUUCCGGCUGACUUGAACUUGGUUCCAACUCACCCUGAUGCCAGGAGCUGCUAGAUGGAGCCAACAGUUGCUUUGCAUUCCGAGGUCAGUUGGCCCCUCUCAGGGAUGCUCACUGGCUAAUCCCACUCUUCUGGGCAUCUCUGAAUCCGAAUAGCUCACCAGCCACUGCCGUCUACUGCACCCACCGCUCCAUUGCACUGGUGCCUUUCUCUGCAGAGACUCUGGGGUUGCCAGUAGUCACCAUGCACCUCCAGGUUCAGAUCAUCCUUCCCACACUGUGUGUCAGGGCUCAGGGAGAAUGCCCUGCUUGCCACCUCCCUCUUUCUUGUUGAAGUCUCUUUGUUUUCCCCAUGGACUUCAAUUUUCACAUCAGAUCCUCCCUAGAUCCCAGCGACCCAUCUGGACACAAAUCUCAGAGAGGCUGUUUCUCUGCUGUUCACCACGCUACCACCUUCCCAGAGGCUGCAAGUGUGCUGAUCUUACCACAGCCAUCUUGAAUCCUAACUGAUGCCAUUGUCCCUGACAAACAUUUACCUUCUCUUCCCUGCAUUGUUUCUCAUCAUACCAUAGAUAAACACAACCCUUAUUUGGUACUUGGAAUUUUGCUGCCAGAUCCAGGUGAUAUCAGUCCCAGGAAUGUCCUAAUGUUUUUGAUGUUAGCUUGAGAGAAACCAGGUACAUUCCAGCUUGGAUGGGCUCACUUGGGUAAAGUUUAUGAAGAUCCACCAGUCUUGCUUCUGCCCUUGAGCAAGGUUCUGUACAUUGACACUCAAUAAAGGUUAGACUCUCUAA